AAAACAGAUGUUACAGUCAUAGAUAUAGCUUCGUCGGGAAGAAACUUUUCAGAGAUUUCCUAGAAGUACACUUUUGUUGCGAAGAGAUCACUCAUCGCAAUGUCCUUUGUUGGUUCAUAUACAGUCAUAGGUGGAGGUACUCCCCUAUGGGGUCCAGGAGUCAUAUGUAAGCUUCAUUAUCAGAGAGACACUGGCAAAGAACUAGGCCCCUUCUUGCAUUUCGAUGGCAAUUCGUUGAAAGCAAAUGGAGGCGACACUGACAACGCUAAUUUUAAGAUGUACCAAACCCCGGAUGCCGAUGGUAGAACAGUUGUUAUUUUGGAGCACGCAAAAUCUCGCAAAGUUAUGGCCGUUGACAAAGAGAAUGACACUGUCACUCUAGAGGAUCCUUCAGAGCCUCUGGAUAAGCUCAUGAAGAAGAGCGUAGAAGUGGCUCCUUACAAAAUUCUGUUUCACAAGAGAUGGGGGAAAGACGGUUAUGGUAAGUUUUACUUGCAGUCACUUCUGGAUGAUAAACAGCGAAUCGUUGGAUUUGACGAAAAUGGCGAGCUAAAGAAGACUAUGGUUGCACAGCCAGAUCAUCCAGAAAGUCUCUUCAAGAUAUACUGAUUGCCCCACAUUGGCGCUGUCAACUUUUCUCAACUUUUAACACGACUUUUUUAAAAUUUAUUUUAAAUCAGAAACGUCCCUUGCGACAAGUAAUAGCACCUAGUAACAAAAUUUUCAUCCAGGAAACGCAUGUUAGAUACCUGGCGAAUAAAUUU